AUGGCUCACAUGCCGCUCAUUGAGAAACUUUUGGAUACAAUACUCACUUAUAUUGCCUUCAAGCCACGAAUCGUCGUCCCGAAACAUCCGUCGCAGGGUUUAGAAAAAAUUCUGUUCAUCCCCAUCAAAGGCAAUCAGAUCCUACUAUUCGCAAAGUACUCGAAAUUUGAAAAUGAGUCCCAUCUGCACCUAUCAAUCCACGAAAUCCGCUCCGAUAAUCGUGUUGGUCUCCUUAUGUGGGUUUUCAACAAUAGCGUUGAUGGUCACUUCGAUAUUGAUCAUUGGGUGCCGAUAAAAUCUACCGAAAAUGCAUUGGGAAUCACUUUUUGGGCACGAUAUAACGACCAUUGGAAACUGUUUGACAUCUCUACUACUGAAACUUGCGCCUCGGAUGAUUUCCCUCUGAUUGAGUCCGGGGAAAUAGACUUCGAUCUAAACCUCAACUCGAAGUCGGUGCGCAAAAAGAGUCUCGUCAUACUAUCCCCUGACCAGCACGUUCUUCUAAAUGUGGAUCAGAAGAAAAGACGACACAAUGAAAUUAUUGACAUUCACUAUUCAGAUUCUGGUGGCACAAACGGUAUGAACUUUUCCUUCGUUACCCGCAUGUCUAUCCCCAUUCCUCCAAAAACAUAUCCUAUCCUCCGGCCACUACUUUCAUUUUCUGCCGAUGGGUCCAAGUUUGCUAUGACCGUGACGGCUCACGGCAGGGUGUCCGUUUGGGGUAUCCGGAGCAAAUUUCCAUUGAAGACAUUCAUGGAAGUCCCCAAGUCCGACAAUAAUGACGCGAAUGUACGGUACCUUCAAUUCAGCAGUGGAAAAUUAGGAAAGGAAGCUCUGGUAUUUGUAGAGCACAAUGACCUUUCCCUUCUUAAUAUCAUUCAUGUGAUCGAUGCAACGUCAUUCGAGACGGAAGAAAUUCUUCUCUUGGAUUUAGAAGAGCUCAAAGAAUAUGAUACGGACAGAGGGGUUGGUUCGCUUUUCUUCGAUCCAAAUGGGGAAACUCUAUACGCUGAACUUGCCGGAACGCUAUACGAGUGGGACCUGCGGAAAAAUGAGCCUGGUCUCGAAUGGUGGAUCGGGGAAUAG